AUGAGUAAUCAUUCAGCGCAGGAAAUUCUCCAGCAACUUCGUGACAAAGAAACAUGCUGCAAAAAAGACCUGAGCAAAGUUGCACGAGCGUCAGAUGUAAAUCUGGAAACGUUCUUUCUCAUGCAUUUGGAGGCAACGGAACGUUUGCACCUAGUCAGUAACAGUGACUCGUUAUGUCGAGCGGCGUUUUGGAGCUCGAUAGUGCAACGUGCUUCGCAGUGGACAUCGCUGGACAACGCGGACGACAUUCUGCAACGGUUGUUACACGAUAACCUUAUUGAUCUAACGGAAACCACUGAGGAUGUUAUAGCGGCGCUUAACCGCUAUGGCUACAACCUUAUUCUACUGGACGAUAUUUUCAAGCUUUUGAAACCGGAGAAGAAAACACUACAGUACUACGAGCGGCUUUCCGAAGUACAGCGGAAAGUUCGCCGAGUAUGUGACGCAACUCUUAGCGAUCCGGAUUUAUAUGCAUCCAGCAACUGCAAGCUGUGUGGUUGCCAAAAUUAUUGCAACCAAAUACGUCAAGUGUGCGACGAUUGUUUUGACGAAUGCUGCGGUGUAAUGUAGGCUA